UGUUUACAUUUAUGUAUACUAAUAUAACUGAAAGACUUUUUAAAUUUUCUUUUAAAAAUAUUUACAAUAAGAUCUCUAUGAAUGCACUGCUAAAUCAUAAUGUAACAAAGUCUAAGGCAGCUGUCCCCAAGCACAGGACUUUGGACUGACACAAGAGAUAAAGCGAAUAGCAUAUUAUUUCAAUUUAAUUAGUUAUUGGUAAAAAUGAUUUAUUUUCAUAAAUGACCAAAUUCUCCAGGUUUCAAAAUCCCCUUGAUACGUGUCAAGUGUUUGGAAAGCUUCUUCAAACAGCAGAAAAGUGACAGAGGAUGAGCUUUUGGCAUUCAAAAUUAACUGUAUUUUGAUGACCAAUCUGUGGGGUCAUACUAUGGUCCAUCUAUGUUCCUGGAUCCAACUUCCAAAUGUCAGAGGACAAUGACUCUAACCCUGCCCACAAGAAGUUUAGAUCCUAAAAAAGGUGGGGUGGGAGUGGCCAGGCAAAUUUAUGCAUAUGUUAUGUAUAAAAAGUGAGUGACAGUUCCUUACUGAACACUGACCUCACACAGAUUCUGCAAAUAGAGCUUGGACUUGGUUAUUAACGAGAAAAGGUCACAUCCAGUCAUGGGGAAAAAGACCAUAUCCAAGUUGGAAUUCUCCUUCCUGAUUAUCGCUGCUCUUUGCUUUGAGGUUCUUCUCAUUGAGAGAACUUUCCAUGUCCCACCCGUAAAGAAGACAUGGACAGAGGCGAGACUUUUCUGUCAGAAGUACCACACUGACCUCAUAACCAGGAAAGUUAUGCCUGACUCAAGUUUAGCUGAAAGCCUGGGGUCAGUUCAUAAUGAUUCAGUGUGGAUUGGUCUGCACCGAGACCCUAUGAAUGACUCGGUCUGGAAAUGGAUAAAUGUAAUGUAAGUAUUCUGUUUGAAAACAUUAUUGUGCUGACAUUGAGAUGUGUGUGGAUGAAGCAAAAUAAAGUUGCUUUAUUAUCAGUUCUGUCUGUUUCAGAGCAGGAGAAGGUUUAGCAGGACCUGAUGUUUCAUCUAGCCUCAUCUGGGGAGACAAUGAACAGAGCAGUCACUGUGCUCUUGUAGGAGAGGAUCAACUGUGGCACAGUGAGCUGUGCUCAAAAAAAUAUAAAGUCCACUGCUCAGACAAGAACCAAACUUUCAGUUCACCCAGUAAGAAGACGUGGCACGAGGGCUUAAGUUACUGUCUGUCAGAGAAAGUUAACAUCUCUGUUGUAUCCAUGGCAAACUCAAACGAUUUCAGAAGCCCUGGCUGGAUUGGACUUCACCGUCAGGCAGAACGCAAAUGGGUCUGGGUGGGAAAUUCAUCAUCUUUGUACACAAACUGGGCAGCAGGUGAGCCCAUCACCAAAGACUGUGGCUCAUUAAAAAGUUCCAAUGGACGUUUAUACAGCUAUGAAUGCUCCACAGAGCUUAGUUUUGUCUGCUAUGAUGAUAACGUGGUGGUGGUGAAUGAGAACAAGACAUGGGAGCAGGCUCUCAGGCACUGCGGGAACAUCACACCUCAAUGUUUUAACUCAAAUUGCACGAGUGGCUAUACAAUUCUGACCCUGGGAGGUUUGCAGGACUAUGACUAUGUCAGAGACCUGCUCAACAAAGCUACAACGGAUGAGGUAAGAGGAUGUGUAAAUAUCUUUGUCUCCAGCCCAGUCUGGAUUGGCCUCAAGUUCCUGGGAGGACAUUGGUUGUGGAUGAAUGGACAGAAUCCAGACGACCAGGGAAAGCUGCCAAGUUGUCCACCCCAGACAGCCCACUGUGGGACCCUGUCCAAAAAUGACACCAACAACUGGACCAUUAGAGACUGCACUGAGAAAAGAAACUUUGUGUGCCACAGACAUACAUUUUAUUUUAGGUGACUUGACAGUAAGAUAGGAUUGUCAAGUAGAUGCUAAAUCA